ACCCAAGCACGCGAGAACGUCAUCCCACUGACGCAGUGCUGAACCCCUCCCGCCUCCUCCACCAUGCCGGCGAUGCUCGAUGACCCCACCGCGCCCGCCAUCUACCGCAUCUCGGGCGAUGCACCGUACCCCAUGCCCUACGGCCCCCUUCCGCCCGAGAUCGCAGUCCGACAAGUAACGCUGCGAGAUCGCGUGACCAUAGCCACCCUCAUCCCCUUCUCCUCGCCUAAUGAAGUCCCCACGAAACUCACCGCCUACCUGUGCGAGCUGCUGAAUCGCGAAAUCGACAAGGGAGACACAUACCCCAUGAUGGAGCCCAUGCCCUUGUCGUCCUUCGGCCCCUACUGGUUCGCCAACUUUGGCGCCAUCAUGAUCAUGGGCGAGGUGCAGAGUGUAGAGGAGGUGACGCAGAUGGAAGAGCGGGGUGUGGAGUGGGCGCGAGAGUGCUUGGGCAGUUUCUACGUCAAGCCCAACUACCCCGGACGCAGCAGUCACGUGUGCAACGGCGGCUUCCUCGUCAGUGAUGCUGCGAGAAAUCGAGGAGUCGGCAGGCUGAUGGGCGAAUGCUACCUCGACUGGGCACCGAAACUGGGAUACACUUACAGCGUUUUCAACCUGGUCUACGAAACGAACGUUGCCUCUCUACGCAUAUGGGACGCUCUGGGCUUCAAACGCAUCGGUCGGGUGAAGGGCUGUGGGAACCUCAAAUCUUUCCCAGAUCAAUUCGUCGAUGCCAUCAUCUUCGGCCGCGAGCUAGGUGGCGAGGGCGACGAGUACGUGAGCGAAGAGCGGUUCGACAAAAUCCGCUUUUAUCUGAAGACCGGCACCUACCCAAACGGCUCUGAUCGUGCAGAAAAGUCUCGAUUACGCUCUGCCGCCACGCAUUACCGCUUACUCCCCAACUCCAACCCGGACGACGGCGAGGAAGACAAGCUCAUGCUCAAAGGCAAAGAAGUCAUCAGCGACCCACACAAGCAGUACGAAAUCGCGCGACAAAUGCACGCCCUCAGCCACGGCGGCAUCAACAAGACGACCGCCAGCAUCGCCGAGAAAUACCACUGGGUGCGCAUCAAAGAGACCGUCAGCGCCGCCAUCCGCAACUGCGAAGAAUGCAAAGACCCCGCCCCCAAACCCUCAUCCUCCACCAAGGACCGGCGCGCCACCAAAGCCGGCGCAGCCGAUAGUACCGCUGCCGCCAAGUCCUCCGCCUCACCAACCACCUCUCACCCGCAAGUCGUCCUCGCCGCCGCCGAUGAUGACGACCCGGAGCCCCAGCAUCAGCAACGACGCCAACGGCAAGCGCCCAUGGCGCCCAUGCAGUACCAACUCCCGCAGUACGACAUGCCCGUCGACCCGCAAAUCAUGCAACAGCAGUGGCAAGUGCCCAACGCUGACGACGACGCCGCUUCCGACCCCAUGGCCAUUGACCCGGCGCCCACGCGUGCGGCGGCAGUCACGCAGCGGGAUGUCGAUGCGAGACUGAGGGAGGAGUUGGCUGCUGCCGUGGGUGGAUCAAAGAGGUGAAUGGGCUGGCUUUGCUUUCGUGACGACCGUGCCUUUUGUGGGUACAGGUAGUGAUUAGCGCAGCAUUUAGCAUUGCGAAAUCGAGCCCUCGACUUGAGUGUCAGACUCAUGCUGAUGAAGAGCUCGUAAAUCCGGGCAAGUAAACAUAGAAAGCACGAAUUUCCCGCCACAGUUCGUGUGGACGUGCCUAUCAAUCCUCUGCUUGCCUACCGGCAUCAAUCGAGAAACAAUCACGUGACGUGGGAAGUGAGAAGACACCAAAGAGCAUGCUUGAAGU